AUGCCAGAUUUAGAGAGGAUAAAUGAAACUACUAGGGUACCCUUAUUAGAGGGUCAUGGAUAUGAAGAAGGAGCAAACAAACCAAGGUGGUGGAAGAAAGUGUUGGAUGUGGAGGAGGCCAAGAAACAGGUCUUGUUUUCAUUGCCAAUGAUUUUUACCAGUCUUUUCUACUAUUUGAUCACUUUGGUGUCAGUUAUGUUUGCUGGCCAUCUUGGGAAGCUUGAGCUUGCUGGUGCAACCCUUGCCAAUUCAUGGGCCAUUGUUACUGGCUUUGCUUUCAUGGUUGGGUUAAGCGGAGCUCUUGAGACGCUUUGUGGACAAGGGUUUGGUGCAAAGUUGUAUAAAAUGUUGGGGAUCUAUCUACAAGCCUCUUGCAUCAUAUCUUUCCUAUUCUGUUUCAUCAUAUCUAUAAUCUGGUUCUACACAGAACCUAUACUUAUUUUCCUCCAUCAAGAUCCUCAAAUUUCCAAGUCUGCUGCUGUUUUCAUGAAAUUUCUAAUUCCGGGGUUAUUUGCAUAUGGAUUCCUGCAAAACAUCUUGAGAUUUCUUCAGGCACAAUUUAUUGUCCUGCCAUUGGUCUUCUCGUUCGUCCCCCUUGUUAUUCAUUUCGGCAUUGCUUAUGGUUUGGUACAUUGGACAGCUCUUGGUUACAAGGGAGCUCCACUUGCGGCUUCAAUUUCGUUAUGGAUAUCUGCCCUUUUGUUGGCCAUGUAUGUCAUCUGCUCAAAGAAGUUUGUUCAUACAUGGGAAGGCUUUUCGUUAGAAUCGUUCCAUUAUGUCCUUAUUGAUUUGAAACUUGCCCUCCCCUCAGCACUAAUGGUAUGUUUGGAGGAAUGGGCUUUUGAGAUUCUGGUGUUGAUGGGAGGAUUGAUGCCAAACUCGGAAGAAACAACUUCACUAAUGGCGAUGUGUGUGAAUACGCAAGCAAUUGCAUACAUGAUUAUAUAUGGCCUCAGUGCUGCUGCAAGCACAAGGGUGUCAAAUGAAUUGGGAGCUGGCAAUCCUGACAAAGCUAAGAAGGCAAUGGCUGUGACUCUUAAGCUCUCUAUACUUCUGGCUUUAGUUCUUGUUCUCGCUCUAGCCGUCGGUCACAAUAUCUGGGCCGGCUUCUUCAGUGGCAGCCACAUAAUAGCAGAGCAAUUUGCUUCCAUGGUGCCUUUGCUUGUAAUUUCAAUAAUUGUUUAUUCUGUGCAAGGUGUUUUAUCAGGUGUGGCCAGAGGAUGUGGAUGGCAACACUUGACUGUGUAUGUAAACAUUGUCACAUUCUAUUUGAUUGGCAUGACAAUUUCCAGUCUUCUUGGGUUUAAGUUCAAACUAAAUGCCAAGGGCUUGUGGAUUGGUUUAACCUGUGGUCUCUCCUGUCAAGCUGCCACAGUUUUGUAUAUUACACAGAGCACAAAGUGGACUGUGUUGGAUUUAUCUGAUAUUGCAGAGAGAGAAAAGCCAGUGUUGGUGUAAACAAGUAAUACCACUUGGGCCAACUGUGAGACUAGUUUGUGCAUUGCCUUUGUGGUGUGUUGAAGUAAAGCCGAAAGCAUUUACUUUGUUAACAAAUUUUUAUGCCCUUAAAUUUGACUUAGCUUUGAAAGCACAAAUGCCCUUAAAUGAAAGAACCUUGAUGCAUGAUUAAUUAUUUUUAA